AUGCCAGUCAAUACUUCGGUUUCGAAGUCCGUGGACGUGGUCUCGGAGACUGUCCGCGACAUUCAGACUUCUGGAGGAUCUGAUACCGACUCUAAUGAUGGAAAGAAAGCGCCUCCACUCGUGGCGAAGCUAUGCGCCGUCCUUCUGAUCUCAUGUAUCAGUUUUGGCUCGCACUGGAGUUCUGGCGUUACGGGUGCCAUGAAAAGCACCAUCAAAAAGCAAAUGCAUAUCGACAAUACUCAGUUCUCGCUUUUGGAAGCAAGCGAAAAUUUCAUGGCAACGGUUCUGCUUUUGAUAAGUGGUGUAAUUACCGACCGCGUUGGCGGCGCAGAAAUGAUCGUAUACGGAAACGUCGUUUAUACCAUCGGAUCAAUCCUCGUCGCGGCCGCUACGACUGUGCGGUCUUUCAAUUUCAUGAUCGGAGGUCGCAUUAUUCUCGCGUUGGGAGAUAUCGCAACACAGAUCGCCCAGUAUAAGAUGUUCUCGUCGUGGUUCCCUCCUAGCAAUGGAUUCGCGUCCACUUUAGGCUUUGAACUUGCCAUCGGCAAGAUUGGUGGAUUUGUUGGCAAAUCAACUGCUAAUAUCAUUGCGAAGAAAACGGGAAACUUUGCGUGGGUUUUUUGGACCUCGGUGUUCAUGAACCUUUUCACCAAUUUCGCAAGUGCAGCAUUCUGGUUCUUCAAUAAAUAUUGCAACAAACACUUUAAGGGACGGCGCGACACAGCGACCAAAGAGCAAUUGACAGAGAAAAACAGGAAGUUCGAACUUCAAAAAAUGUUCGAGAUUCCUUGGAUGUUCUGGGCCGUCAUGGCUUUCUCUGUUUUCCAAACUAGUGCGGCAACGGUCUUUUCCCAGAACGCCACCGAGCUGGCAGAGAAACGGUUCAAUGUCGACUCCAUCAAGGCUGGAUGGUAUAGCUCUUUGUCACAGUAUGCAGGCUUCUUCCUCGUACCCUGUUUGGGCGUGUUCAUCGAUGUCCUCGGAAACCGAGCAUCUGUCUUGUGCGUCUGUGGUAUCGGCAUGCUGCUCAGUAUGGUCCUCAUCAACUUUGCAACGUCGCAAGCUGGAACAGGAGCUGCGUUCGGCAUCUACGCCAUCGCAGUGUCUCUCGGACCGACCUCUGUCAUCGACAGCAUUCGCACUACGCUCUGGCACCAAUCGGUCUUUGGCUCUGCGUACGCAUUGAAGGUCACCAUGAACAAUGCAAUGAGCAUUAUCAUCCGAAUCAUCACUGGAGCUCUGCAAGACGCAGAUGACAAUUCUUACCGCCGGGUAGUGCAGGUAUAUUUGGUCCUUGCAGCUGGCGCGGCAGUUGUCGGUACAGCUAUCCUGAUCGGCUCAUUUUUCACCGACAACCUAGCGUUGUUGCAAUGGACUCGACAGAAGCGGUUGACGUCGGGGGCGGAAAUCAUCGAGCGGAUUCGCGAGCGCAGUUUGGUGACCGAAUAUCGUCGCACUCGUAUUAUCUCUAUAAUCUCUUUUGGAGCUCUGAUAGUGUUGACACUUGGGUCGUGGGCGGCGUAUAUUUGGGGCGCAAUCACUGGUCAUAAUUCCUAG